UUAUUGGCGACGUACUCCAACAAAAUUCCCAAUUUGCCCCUCCCUGGAUAGUUUGCUCUAUAAAUUCACUUCAACACUGUCCCUCUUCUUCAUUAUAUCUCAGCUAGCUUUCGUUCCCAUUUCCUCACCGCAUAGAAGAUGUCUAAGGCGAGCACCAUUUGCAUAACAGCCCUCCUCCUCUUCUUCGCCCUGACGUGCACCGCCCGGCCGGGACCUCCGUUUUCCGAUGCCACACCGAUGAAAACCCAACAUGAUCAGGAUGUCAAUGAGGUUGAAGUUGAGGGGAUUAAUUGUGAAGGAGUUGGAGAAGAAGAGUGCUUGAUGAGAAGAACACUGGCGGCCCAUGUUGAUUAUAUAUACACCCAGAAGCAGAAUCCAUGAUACUUUUUCAUGUUGCAUAUAUAUAUAUAUAUAUAUAUAUAUAUAUAUAUAUAUAUAUAGAUAUGUAUAUAGUAAUAUAUAUAGAUACACAUAUAUUAAUGUAUUAAUUAAUUCUUCACCCAGUCUUGGUUCUUCUUGAUUUUCCAUUUUUUCCAUAGGAUGAUGUUCUAUAUUGUAUGGCACUUGCAUGGUGAUCAUUAUUGAGGUACUAUAUCGAACAUUUCAGAGAUAUAUAGCAUAUAUAGAUGCUUUUUGAAUUUCCAAA